UUACAGCUAGACCUGUGUGCUGCAAGGAGCUAAGGCCCUCAGUGUCCCCUUCCUUACCCAGGUUUGUCACAAAAUGGAUUCCCAGCGGGAACUUGCAGAGGAACUGCGGCUUUACCAAUCCACCCUUCUUCAGGACGGUCUAAAAGAUCUCCUGGAUGAGAAAAAAUUCAUCGAUUGCACCCUAAAAGCAGGUGACAAAAGUCUUCCUUGCCACAGAUUGAUUUUGUCAGCUUGUAGUCCUUACUUCCGUGAGUAUUUUUUAUCUGAAAUUGAUGAGGAAAAAAAGAAGGAGGUAGUACUAGAUAAUGUGGAUCCUGCUAUACUUGAUUUAAUCAUCAAAUACCUGUACUCUGCCACUAUUGACCUCAAUGAUGGAAACGUGCAAGAUAUUUUUGCCUUGGCUAGCCGCUUUCAGAUCCCUUCGGUGUUCACCGUCUGUGUUUCCUAUCUUCAGAAAAGGCUUGCUCCUGGUAACUGUCUAGCCAUCCUGAGAUUAGGACUUCUUCUUGACUGUCCCAGACUCGCCCUUUCUGCCCGGGAGUUUGUGUCUGAUCGCUUCGUGCAGAUUUGUAAGGAAGAGGACUUCAUGCAACUGUCUCCACAGGAACUGAUGUCAGUCAUUUCAAAUGACAGUCUAAACGUAGAAAAGGAAGAAGUAGUAUUUGAGGCAGUGAUGAAAUGGGUGCGAACAGACAGAGAAAACAGGGUUAAAAAUCUUAGUGAAGUGUUUGAUUGUAUCCGUUUUCGACUUAUGACAGAAAAAUAUUUUAAAGAUCAUGUUGAGAAAGAUGACAUGAUUAAAAGCAACCCAGAACUUCAGAAAAAAAUCAAGAUUCUAAAAGAUGCAUUCGCAGGCAAACUCCCAGAACCUAGCAAAAAUGCACAGAAGACUGGGACUGGUGAGGUGAAUGGCGAUGUGGGUGAUGAAGACUUACUUCCUGGUUACCUGAAUGACAUUCCCAGGCAUGGAAUGUUUGAAGACCUUAUCCUCUUGGUGAAUGACACAGCUGCAGUGGCUUAUGAUCCCACAGAGAAUGAAUGCUACCUUACUGCACUGGCGGAGCAGAUCCCCAGAAAUCAUUCCAGCAUCGUUACCCAACAAAACCAGGUAUAUGUGGUAGGAGGACUCUAUGUGGAUGAAGAAAAUAAGGAUCAACCUCUACAGUCGUACUUUUUCCAGCUUGAUAACAUAGCAUCUGAGUGGGUUGGACUUCCACCUCUACCUUCAGCCAGGUGUCUCUUUGGUCUGGGAGAGGUAGAUGACAAAAUAUAUGUAGUUGCAGGCAAAGAUCUUCAAACAGAGGCUUCGCUGGAUUCAGUCCUGUGCUAUGAUCCUGUGGCUGCAAAAUGGAAUGAAGUAAAAAAUCUUCCUAUCAAAGUCUAUGGCCAUAAUGUGAUUUCACAUAAUGGGAUGAUAUAUUGCCUAGGCGGAAAGACAGACGACAAAAAGUGUACAAACAGAGUGUUCAUCUACAACCCCAAGAAAGGAGACUGGAAAGAUCUGGCUCCAAUGAAAACCCCACGUUCCAUGUUUGGAGUGGCUGUCCAUAAAGGCAAAAUUGUGAUUGCAGGAGGAGUCACUGAGGAUGGUCUUUCAGCUUCAGUUGAAGCUUUUGACCUCAAAACCAAUAAGUGGGAAGUAAUGACUGAAUUUCCCCAAGAAAGAAGCUCCAUCAGCUUGGUCAGCCUGGCUGGGUCCCUCUAUGCCAUUGGUGGCUUUGCUAUGAUUCAGCUGGAAUCUAAAGAGUUUGCACCCACCGAAGUCAAUGACAUAUGGAAGUAUGAAGAUGAUAAAAAAGAAUGGGCUGGGAUGUUGAAGGAAAUACGUUAUGCUUCUGGAGCUAGUUGCCUAGCAACACGUUUAAAUCUCUUCAAACUGUCUAAACUGUAAAUCAGGUGACAAAAUGUAAUAGAAAGGUGGUUUGUUUGGAUAACAAGGCUUUCAUGAUUUUUAGAAAGCCUGUACAGAGAUUCACAUAGAAAUUAUUCAGUAAAUUAAUGUCUUACAAGGUGGACAGAGUAUUAAAACUUCAGUCACUGACUCUUCAGUGUAACUCUGAGUUUAAAACCAUUUUCUAAUAAGAAAUUUAAUAUUCAGUUGGACAAAUUAUUUCUUGUGUUAAUCUGUCUCACUCAAAGAAAUGUAAAGGAGGUUCCUCAAUUUGAAUCAUUAAUCCCUUGUAUCGUUAUAGUACCAUUACAACUUGUUUUCUAUUAUAAAUGAAAUGCAUAUAUCCACAUUUUAAAAUGUUUAGGCUAUCAAAACCUUUCCUCAUGCUUUAAGCUAUGACAGGAAUCCUGUGACCUAUAUUAAAGAUUACAUGUCGUAAGAUGAUUUGGAAAUGCUAUUUAAGGAGUGUUAAUGAACGAAGCUCUUUUGAAGAGCAAAGUCUCUAAGUAAAAGUAGUCAAACCCAAAUGGCCUUAUUUUUUUCUCCAUUCUUUUUUGCGACACUGGCAUAUUAUUUGUGAUUUCCAAAUUAAAUUUUAAUUUUUGAUUUUUUAAGACCAGUAAAUCAUAGUCUUCGUGCCAUUAACUACAGCAGCUGUAGCAGGAUGGGGAGCAUCAUAAGGAAAUAGAUAAAUUCUUUAACCUUCUGGGGCAGAGUAUGAUAUGGAGAGGGCAUAUAAUCAUUGAUUUGGAUUUCAGCUAUGUUCUCCAUAAAAUGGCACUACACUCACUGAUUCUUCUUAGUAUAGAUAGUAAGUUGAUUCCUCUGUCUGUAGCCAAAUUCAACCUAUGCAAGUCACCAACUAUUCAUCACUUUUACCCUAGCCAAACAUCCACAUAUGGGUCUCACAUAGCUCAUGUAUUUGACUUCUAUCCUGUCAUGCUAUUUUCUGAGAAAUCUGAUUUGGGACUAAUUUGGAGCAUUCCAUUAUUACUUAUCAAGCAGCUACAUAAAGAGCAGCUAUGCAUUCAUACAGCUUUAUUUUCCCUACCAUAAAUAAGGUAACAGGCUGGGAAGAGUGGCUCAAACCUAUAAUCCUAUCUAAUCGAGAGGUGGAGAUUGGAAGGACUGCAGUUGGAGGCCAGCCUGAACAAAAAAGUCAGAGACCCUAUCUCAACCAAUGGCUGGGUGUGGUGGCACAUGCCUGUCAUCCUAGCUAUGCAGAGAAAUACAAAUAGGAGGACUGAAGUCUAGGUUGGCCCAGAGAAAAAUGACCAGUGCAAAAAGGGCUGGCACAGUGACUCAACUGGGAGAGCACCUGCCUAGUAUGUGUGUGGCCCUGAGUUAAACCCCCAGUACCAUAGAACAAAACACAAAGGAAAUAUGUUCAACAAAAAUUUUUAUUUUGUAUCUCUGAUGUAGAAUCAUGAUUACUUUUCUGCAUUGAAAAAUACUGAUCUGCUGGCGGAGUGCUCAAGUGGUAGAGCACCUACCUAGCAAACAUGAGGCCCUGAGUUCAAACUCCAGUACUACCACCACCCCCAAAAACAAAACAAAAAAAACCAAACCUAACAGAAGAACACUGAUCUGGGCACAGUAGUUCAUGCCUGUAAUCCCAGAAUUUGAGAAGCUAAGGCAGAAAGACCACAAGUUUAAGGCCAGCCUGGACUACAAAGUGAAUUUGAGGUCAUCCUGGGCUACAUGGUGAGACCUGUCUCAAGAAAAUAAAGAAAAAUGCUAAUCUGAACUAUACUAUGAGUAAGCAAUCAACAAAUCCCAAGACAGGAAACUUAAAAGUUCUCCAACAGAUAAAACUGUUAGGAAAAGGGACAGCGGGAGAUGCUUAUAAAGACACUUAAUGGCAGCACACACCUCAAGAGGCUGAGGCAGGAGGACCAUUAGUUUGGCCAGCCUGCACUAUGUAUCUAUCUCCGAAAGACUUAAAAGGGGUAUAGGGUAGGGAAAAUUAUGGUGCCAAAAGAUGCACACUUAGGAGAUGAGAUUACUCCUAGAGAUUACUUUGGGGGAAAGAAAGCUCACUUACGUAGACAUUAAGUUGUAAAAAUAAUGCUUUAUACAGUGUUUCUUUGAGGAGAUGAAAAUGUUUGGAAUUAGAGGUGAUGGCUAUAUAGACAUACUAAAAAUCACUGGAUUAUGCACUUUAAAGGGUGGAUUUUAUGGUAUAUAAACUUAAACUUUUUUUUUUUUUUUGGCGGUCAUAGGGGUUGAACUCAGACUUGCACUUGCUAGGCAGGCGCUCUACCAAUUGUGCCACGCCCCCAGUCCUGGUAUGUCAGUUAUAUUUCAGUGCAAAAAAUGUUUUUGUUUAUAAUAAUCCCAGUUGUUUAGAUGUAAAAAAUUAUCAACAGAAACACAGGGAUAUAUAAAUAAAACCAUUUGAGGGCGAUGUGGCUGUAACAUGUCUUCCUACUGAUUGCCAGGGUGAUUUAGCUGAUCUCGCUGGCCAGACAGGUGUCCUCUUCCUCCCUCACGCUUCCAAAUGCGUCUCUCCUAAAACUGUCAAAGAGAAGACCACCUUCCCUGAGAGGGGAGGGCUGUUCUUCAUCAAAGGUAUAUGAGUACCUGCACUCCCCUCCUACAGCCUCCAAACAGCUCUCAAGAAAAAACUAUUUCAAUAAAGCAGGCUAGCAAAAGGAAGUAAGAGAUACGGUACAUGAGAGUUAGAUUAUGUGUAACGUAAGUCAAAGACACACCAGGGUCAUUUAAAUAAGAAUUCCAUGUACCUCAAGUGUAUAAUAACUGGACUUCCAAUUAUUUAUAUCCAAAAGACACAACUUAUAACUGCCAUCAGUCUAUUUUAUUAUAAAAGCUGCACAGUAAAAUAUUUUAACUUAUUCAUGCUUAGCUCUUUUCACUUACAUGAGAAAUAGAAUACAUUCAGGUAAAUGGAUAAUCAAACACUAAGAACUUAGUAUACCUGUUAAUGUAAAUGAAUAUCAUGAGGAUGGUUUACAAGGAGGUAUCUUUCACUUGCUUAGUAUUUUGAUUCUUCUUUUCAAGAAAGGUUUUAUGAAGUUUGGUUCUGCAAAAAUUAUUAAGUAUUGCGGCUUGAGUCUUGGAAAGCCAUUGGAUAUUUUAAACAUGCAUUUCAGAGGUCAUAAGAGUAGAACACUGGGAUCAGUGUCCUUAUGAGAGGCCCAGAGAGUACUGGAGCCCUUCUACCAUGUGAUGAGGAUACAGCAACAUGAGGUCUAAGAACCAAGAAAGAAGCAAGCUCGCAUCAGACACAGAAUCUACUAGCGCCUUGAUCUUGGACUUUCCAACUCCCGGAACUGUGAAAAAUAAAUGUUUAUUGCUUGAGCCUCA